AUGCUAGGUUUCAAGAGUUGCAGGCUUCAACCUCUGUGCAGCGUUGACCUGGGAGACGAUUGCCUUGCUUUGUCAUUGGACUGGUCCACGGGACGAGAGCAGUGUGGCCACCCCCUACGACUGGUCAGCAGCGAUUCCAAAGGAAGAGUCAGCUUGCUGUCGGUGGACGAAUCCGCUUCCUCGGUGCACGUCUUGGGCCAAUGGAAGGGACAUGACUUUGAAGCCUGGGUCGCUGCGUUUGACUAUUGGAACACGCACGUCGUGUACUCAGGUUAGACGAGAACCAAGAGAAAUGCACGAUCCUGUCGUCCUACGCCUUGCACAAUUCUUUGGCUUAUGGCGCCGAUUGGUGCAGGCUUCCCCUGGGCGCGUCUUUGGAGGCGUCUACGGCGGCGCUGACAAUUCAGGAGGACCAAAGAGCCAGCCCAGAGGAUGUGAAAGGGAAGAACCUCAAGAUCAUUUACGAAUCCCCCACAGCCACCUUCGAUGUGCUGCUCGAAGAAGAGGAGAAUCAACCUCCCAUCUCUCCAUCCCCAGCGGGAGGCUCCUUGGUCCCCCAGGGGCCAUCCGGAGACGCAAGAGCUCCAGAUACCAAAGCCAAUGGGGAUGCCCACGCAGCCAAAGCCCACCGGGAGACCAGCCUCUUAGCGACGUGCUCCUUUUACGACCAUGUUCUACAUGUUUGGAAGUGGGAGGUCAGCCGGAGCUCCCCUCUGGCUUAAACCCACUGUGGAGUGGGGGGACGGAGCCAUGUAUUCUGCCUUUUUUUCUAUUUGCAGGAGAAACGUGGGAUGGAUGACUUUGGACAGAAGGGAAUAUUUGUGUAGCUCAGAGUUCAACGGUGAGGUCCUUGAACUUUUGUCGUUUACAUGCAGGCGUUUCAUGACCAAACUAGGUAACAUUAUCAGAGCUAGAAGGGAGUGCCGUCUGCUGUGUGCAGGAGGAAGAGGACGACUGUAGGGUUCUUGGGUUGUUCUUGCAGACAUCUCAUGACUCAACUAGGCAACGCCAUCAGUGCUAAUGAGUGUGGCGUUUGCUCCCCAUUCACAUACAGUAGCUUCUCCUUUCGGUCCCACUGGAGGUGUGGUUUUCUCCUCGUUAGUUCCUUGAGCAGGGUAUUGUUUUCUCCUUGUCUGUCUGGUGUCAAUUCCUGCUUAUCUGGAUACUGGAUGCAGGGUGCGAGUUUCAAGGUAAGCUACUGGAUAUAAACAGGUAGCUCAUUUGGUACUUCGGUAUCCAGUUUGGUAAAUGAAACAUCUGCAGGAAAACCAUCAAGCUCAGAGAGCAUCAAGGACCCCACAAGUCAAUUCCAAGCUACCAAUAUUCUCUUCUAUGUUUUUAUAUUACUGCUGGGAGCCUCCAGUAGCCGUGAGUUUUUGAAGCCUCGUAUGUUGCUUACUUGGUUCUUUUCAACAGCUUUUUAAUUUUGUACUGCAGAAAUAAGUUUGCUCAGGUUCCCUAAUUUCCUGUUAAUUCCACUUUUCCCCUAAGAUUUGAUUCUUGCGACAUUCUCAAACACCAGCUUUAUCAUUGGAGUGGUAUUUGGCUCACCUCCCCCCUUCCAAUAAAUAGGGAACCUGUUUUAUUCAAGCUUGGGAAAAGAGGUUGAAAUUAAAAACUGCCACCAAUGAUAACCACAAAUCGAAGCACAAGCCCUUUUUGUAGUGUCAAAGGGCUUAUUUAUGAUCUGAGGUAUUACCAAUUAUGGUAUUUUCAUACAAACAUGAUCGUUGGCAUUGUAAAGAGAACCUUCCGACUAAAAUAUAUUUUCAAUCUCUUUUUUACAAUAAAAUGUUGUCUUGUAAGA